AGCGAGCUCGUGAGAGAUCUCUCCUUCCUUCCGCCGCAGCACCUCAAACUUUUCCCCACCCGAUCGAAACCCUCGCCGCCUCCACCCACCCACCAUGUCGCCGCCGGCACCGGCGCUGCUGGACGAGCUCCUCGAGGAGAUCUUCCUCCGCCUUCCGCCGGACGAGCCAGAGCACCUCGUGCGCGCCUCCCUCUCCAGCAAGCGCUGGCUCGGCCUCCUCUCCGGCGCUCGAUUCCGCGGCCGCUACCGUGAGCUGCAUGGAGCUCCCCCCAUGCUGGGCUUCCUUUAUUUCUUCCACUCCAACUCCCGCCCGGAGACGGAAGAUAACAUCCCACACUUUCUCCCCACCACCAAAUUUCGUGCGUGCAUCCCCGACGACGACUGGUUGGGCUACAGUGCGUUGGACUGCCGUCAUGGCCGCGUUCUCAUUGGCGAAGUGGCCUAUACACCAAUGACGCUCGUCGUUUGGGACCCCAUGACGGGCUGCCGGAGGGAGCUGGAGGCGCCCCCCCUGGUAGACAACACCUAUGGGGCCGCGGUGGUCUGCGCCGUGGCCGGCUGUGACCACCACACUUGUCACGCAGGCCCCUUCCAGGUCGUCUUUGUCGGCCUGGACCAUUGUCAUGAAGAUGAGUGUGUUGCACGGGCGUGCGUGUCCUUGCCGGUGACGAGUAACCACAGCAAGCCGGGCCUUCAAUCUCCUUUUGAUAAGUGGAGCAAGCCGUGCUCUGCUCUUCAUCUUGACUCCGAUUUGUACAUCUACGAAGCGCCCCCUGUCUUCGUCCAAGACGCACUUCAUUUCAAGCUUUGUAACUGUGCCGAACAUCGCGUAGUAGGAAUUCUCAAGUACGACAUGAGCACUAAUAGCUUAUCACUGAUUGAUAUGCCCCUUGCGUGGUCUGUCAAUGCCAAUGCUUCUAUCCUCAUGGCGAUGGAGGAUGACAGUUUGGGGUUUGCACAUGUCUACGGCUUAAUCCUCAAUCUGUGGUCAAGGCACAUGGGUUCUGACGGAGUUGCGUCAUGGACUCAGCGUACAGUCAUCAAUAUCAAGGACAUUCUUCCCAUUCGAAAUCCAAAUAAAGGACUUAGGCUGAUUGGAUCUGUGGAAGGCACCGAUAUCAUUUUCGUGACCACGGAUCUUGGCAUCUACAAGAUUAAUCUCAAGUCACUACAGUGGAAGAGGGAAUGGGAGAGAAAAAAGUUUCGAGCUUUCAUCCCGUACAUGAGUUUCCACAAUCCACAAGGUUUGCGGAAUGGUGGCGAUAAGAAGAAUCUGCUGGAGGGAUCGUCAGCGGAGAUGCGAGCUCAUGAUGCAGCGUCUGUGGCGCCGAUUGGUCAGCUGCCGAGAAUUACUCAGGCUGGGGAAGAUGAUCUUGAAUCUGAAUCGUACGAAGAUCCUGAAUCUGAAUCUGAAUCUGAAGAAGAUCUUGAAUCUGAAUCGGAAGAAGACUGAGAUGUUUUUACAAUCCACAAGAAAGGGUGACCCCCAGUGAUGCAGCGAAUUAUGAGUGUGUGGUUGAAUAUGUACAAAGCUACAUUCAUCAACAAGAUAGGUGACAAACUUGGACACAACAGGGGUCUUGUGAUGAAUUAUGUCAUUAUUCAAUACUCCUUUUUGGUGCAGUGGUGCUUGCUUGUUUUCUGAUGUUGUUUUUGUCAGUUAGCUUGAUAAUCUCCUGUGUUAAUGGCGGGGUGAAUUGAUUAUCUUUGUAAUGAACCUCUAAUUUUAUGUGCGCUGUUGUAGAAUUUGCUUGAA